AUGUUUGUCACGGUCAUAGUGGCGGCUGGGCUCAUAGCUGCACUUGCUGGACCCGCCAGUGCUGUGCUACUUGUACCCAAGUCCCAAGGUUGGGCAGCUGGGGGCACUCAGUUCUACCUCAAUGGAUCCGCGGGCGAUUUCUGGCCGGAUGACUUAUCGGGAGAUAUGUCCGAGCUUGGGCUGUUGUGCAACCGCAAUGACUCUAUUCAUCUAGGAGUUUGUCCGGCAGGUGGUUUUCAAUCCCUUUGGAAUCACUGGGGGACUGUGAACUCCACCAAUUUUCGCGCGGAGAGACUUCGUUCAUAUGCAAAGGAUCUCUCCGGCUCGAACUUCUACUGGCUAGUGACCAGUCCCUCGUCUCAAAUCCCCCCUCUCUAUGCGCUCGGAAAUAGUAGAGAUAGCGAAGCUGGUGCAACAACGCUCACACAACCACAUGCAGCAACUACGGUAAUCUUGCAAAGGCUAGCGACCGACUGGUGGAAGGUUUUGACCGCCCAAAGAGGCAUGUCUUCUGAUCAAGUUGAUGAUCGCAUUGUUUCUGCCAAGUUCAGGAAUGGGAUCAGCGUUGUCAGAUGCGCAAACCCGCAAGAGUUGCUGGCCUCAGACAACACGGUGAACUUCCCAUCCCUCAAUGGUCGAUUCAACUUCGCCCAAAGUUUACCACUUGCUUUGCAAAGUUUGAAUCAAACUGCUGUCAAUCAUCUGCGUUUCCACUGGGUCCAUCUUCCAGCAAAAUUUGGUGCAGCAAGUAUCGGAGGGGUGUUUGAGACACCGUGGAACUCUGAACAGACCUCCAGAGCAGUGGUCGGCUGUACGGUUCAAGCUGGAUGGGUCCCAGCAACUGUAUUCAUCAACGAAUACAAUUUCUGGACCGGAUGGUAUCCAUGGGACAUUCAAUACGACGAUCGUACGCCUGCGUGGUCCGCCACAGACCAGGCCGCCACUAAUGGUCGAAUAUCUCUAGGCGAUGACUGGCUCAGACUCCUGACGCCCUCGACUGCCCCGCCCGACAUCGCCUCCUGGCAAGCAUCUACGAUUGAAAGUAUAUUCCUCAAUGCUGGCUUGGGCUCUUCUCCUGAUACAAUCAUCGCGGACUGGCUCUUUCAAAAUCCCGGAAGCCUAGACAAGCUUGCGCUCAUCGAAGCCAUUCUUUGCAGCGUAAUUGUGGAUGGUCUCAGCCGCACCGGAAGUUAUCGGGUAUUCAAUACUUCAGGACCACAGUCUCAAUGGCCGCUAGCGAAUUACAAUCUAUUGCCUGACUUUGAGAACCGAAUCUUGGGGAAUGAGCUUGCUUUGGACAUCCCUGACGUUAGUCCCGAAAGUCUCACAAAGAUCGAAGCAAGCAUGCAGAUAAGCGGAUUUUCAUUCAAACGGUCUCUGGCAGCUUAUCUUGCAAUUGCAGUCCUCUUGGCCCACCUUCUCAUGGCUACCGCCCAUAUCAUAUAUAUCGUUUGUAAAAGACGCACAUCAAGCAGCUGGGGCACGGUUGCCGAGAUAAUCACACUCUCGAAGAACUCUCAACCAUCAUUCGAUGUCUUGGCGAACACUAGCGGCGGCAUCGACAGCCGCAGAACCUUUUUGCAAAUGGCGAAGAUCCGAGUAAGGCAAAUCCCUGGCUUGCCAAAUCACGACCAUGUAGAGCUUUUGUUCGAGAAUUCCACCUCCCUGCAUCACCAACGGAAUGCCUCCAACCAUGAGCUGGACGAGCUACGCAAUAACUGGUCACGCCACUCUGUGACAUGGCCUCAGAAUACAACGAAAAUCACAGCAGGCACUGAUGUGGAUGUUGGAGUGUGUCGAACUCCGAAGAGAAGUUGUUGCACCAGGCACAUGCAACGGACAUGGUACGGCCUAAUCGACCAUAUGGGUGAUUAUUUCACGAAUUGA